UGUGACCAAGAAACGCGGAAGUUUUGAUCUGGAAGAUUUCUUCAGUUUGUGAUGCGAAGAAAGAAAAUUGUUUUGUUUUAAAGUUUGGAGCUCGACUCUUCUCUAAAUGGGCAGAAUUCCGUCCGUGAUUCGGAAAGAGCGUGAGGAAACUCUGAGGCUUAGUACGGAGAGAAGACGAGCACAGCUGAACAACACCACCAGCAGGGCUGAUCUAACAGAGGCUAAAACCAAAACAGCUCAUGUUUGCAGUGAUCGUUUUAUCUCCGGAUGACUCAGAAGUACCAUCUGGAGGGCCAGGUUUAUUCUGUGCCACUGAUCCAGCAGGACCUGAGGAGGGAAGAGGCCGUGCACCAGGUCGCUGAUGCCCUGCAGUAUCUGGAAAAUAUCUCGACAGAUAUCUUCAGCAGGGUAUCUCAGAGUGUGGAGAGGAACCGCGCUCACCUUCAGGCCGUAACUGACCGCAUUAAAUUGGCCCAAGCUCGAGUUCACAAGAUUAAAGGAAGCAAGAAAGCCACCAAGGUGUUUUCCAGUGCGAAAUACCCUGCCCCUGAGAGACUGCAGGAUUAUUCUUCGAUAUUUACGGGUGCCGUAGAUCCAGCAUCUCAGAAACGACCUCGCUACAAAGUUCAAGGCAAGCUCCGCCCCCUGGAUGACAAGGCCUUACAGGAGAAGUUGAUGUAUUUUCCAGUGUGCGUGAACGCUAAGAAGCGCUCGGAGGAUGAGACCGAGGAGGGGCUGGGGAGUCUGCCGAGAAACAUCAGCUCCGUCAGCUCUCUACUGCUCUUUAACACCACAGAGAACUUAUAUAAGAAGUACGUGUUCCUGGAUCCUCUGGCGGGAGUCGUCACUAAAACUCACAACACACUCGAGACGGAGAAGGAGGAAAAGCCGUUUGACGCGCCGCUAUCGAUCACUAAACGAGAGCAACUAGAGAGACAGACGGCAGAGAAUUACUUCUACGUGCCAGACCUGGGGCAAGUGCCAGAGAUCGAUGUGCCCUCGUAUCUGCCGGACCUGCCUGGCAUUGCCGAUGACCUCAUGUACAGCGCUGACCUCGGCCCAGGCUUUGCUCCUUCUGGUGCCGUCAGUGCGACCAUACCAGAGCUGCCCUCUUUCGGCCCAGAACAUGACGGCUCCCAGUUUCGAUCUGAGGCUCCACCUCCACCGCCGCCCCCACCUCCUCCACCCCCUCCUCCUGAGUCUCCUCAGGUUAUAGCUCCUACCCCUGGAGCUCCUCCAGCCCCACCCCCUCCUCCUCCUCCUCCACCACCUCCUGCUGUUCUAGAUGACACAGGUGGUAGAGGUGUAUCUGGUCAUGCCCCGCCCACAGGUGCAGUAAAAGGUGCCCCUACAGAGGUUGUGCAGCCGUCAGACGGGCGAGCCAGCUUACUCGAGUCGAUUCGUAACGCUGGCGGCAUCGGCAAAGCCAAACUGCGCAACGUGAAAGAGCGAAAGAUGGAGAAGAAGAAACAGAAGGAACAGGAGCAAGUUGGAGCAGCGGUCAGUGGAGGAGAUUUCAUGUCCGAUCUCUUUAAUAAAUUGGCCAUGCGGAGGAAAGGCAUCUCGGGUAAAGUCCCAGGAGGAGGAGGAGACUCCACAGAGACGCCUGGCGGCUCCGGCGGCGCAUUCGCUAGAAUGUCAGACGUGAUCCCGCCCCUUCCUGCUCCCCACCAGCCAACCGCCGAGGAUGAUGACGACUGGGAGGCGUAGCCCAUACAGACGACUUAUUAAUGACUCUCUUUAAGAACUGAAAGUACAGGUGAACCGUUCUGAAGCUCUGGCGACACCACAGACGUGAAAGCUUAUUAUGACGUCUCGAUGAUGUAGGGAAAAAUCUGUGUGGAUUUAAUCAUCUCAGCUUUUUUUUUUUUAGUAACACAAAUCAAUUCUCCUGUAAUAGAUUAAAAUAAAGUUGUUAAUCAUUAACUCCUUCAUUGCACUUAACUGGCCCAUUAGGUGUCAGUUUCUCUGGAGCUUUUGCUUGCCCAAUGCACUAAUAAGAUAAAACACUCAAAGAAACUUGUGAAAUCUUAUCUGGUAUAAAAUCUAGGCAUCUGAAGGAUAAUUUGUGUAAGUAAUUACAUUCUUCAUGCACUGAUUAUUUUCUGCCAUCUGUUAGGAAAACACAUGGCUCUGGCACAGUGUGUGAAAUGAAGUUCUGGAUUUCUGAACCCCUGUGAGAAAUAAAAUCAUACAUCAGCGUGA